AUGACCAGCGUCCUUUCGACACGGGCGAAUGGCGCGGCCAAUGGCCUCUUUGGCAAGAGGGGAGUGGCUAGCCUGACUGUCCAGACGCAGGUCCCCUACGCCGAGGAUGAGAGCGCGAGACAGAAGCCCAAGCCGCUCUCGUGGGCCGAGCCGUCGCGAUGGGGCACCCUCGAGUUCAAGUUCUACUACCUCGUCUUCCUCACCAUCGUGCCAUACAUGAUCUACGUGCCUGCCCAGCUCAGCUCAACGUCGAACCCAAACUACCCUAGGUUCGCGUCGCAUCUUGCCCCUGGAUGGCUCUUUGGUCGGCGAAGGGAUGACUCCGACUUUCAGUACAAGUCUUUCCGAGACUACUUUCCGCUCCUCGUCGCCCUCAUGAUCGGCUUCGUGCUGCUAUCAAAGCUGUCUGAGCGACUCAACAGACACACUUAUCAACGCGUGGGAUCAGCGUCGGGACCAGGGAUAGCGCAGGGCAAUGGCAGACCGAAUCGACUCGUCUUUCUCUCCCUUUUCACUACGGCCUUUAUCUUGGCACUACAUGGUACAAACUCGAUCAAGCUGCUGUUCGUAUGCGCAGUCAACUACUCGCUCGCCAAGACGCUGGGAGGCCGUGCUUACGUGGCGCCGCUUGCCCUCUGGUUGUGGAACUUGACGUGCCUCUUUACUAUCCACUGGAACAACGGGUUGCCGUAUGGACGCAUGCACCCGGCGUUAGACUGGCUAGACGAAUACCAGGGCCUGCUGCCUCGAUGGCAGAUCAAUUUCAACAUCACCAUGCUUCGCCUUCUCUCUUUUUCCUUGGACACCCAUCAAGCUCUUUUGCGGUCACAACAAACGAGAGCGAGGAACGAGGACGACGAAGAUAGCAUCAUGACCGACCCGAGGAAGAGAGCGUCGGUUCCGUUGCCAAAGCACGACUAUUCGUUGCUCAAUUUCCUCCUCUACACCCUAUACCCGCCUCUUUUCAUCGCUGGACCCAUCAUGACGUUCAACGACUUUAUCAGACAGCUUCAUCGACCGCCGUCUAUCCCGUCUCGACAUGUUUUGUCCUAUGCGUUCCGACUGGCCACCUCUGUGCUGGCAAUGGAGUUUGUUCUGCAUUUCCUCUAUGUCAACGCCAUCAAGGACGCCAAGGCAUGGCAAGGCGCGACACCCAUGCAGCUGAGCAUGAUUGGCUUCUGGAACCUCAUCGUCGUCUGGCUCAAGCUCCUCAUUCCCUGGCGCUUCUUCCGGCUUUGGGCCCUGGCCGAUGGCGUCGAGCCUCCGGAGAACAUGGUGCGGUGCAUGGCCAACAACUACUCCACGCUUGGCUUCUGGCGGUCAUGGCAUCGGAGCUACAACCUCUGGCUCAUCCGGUACAUCUACAUUCCCAUUGGCGGGGCCAAGAACGCCAUUGCGGCCACCUUUCUCGUCUUUAGCUUUGUCGCCCUUUGGCACGACGUCAGCCUCACGCUCCUCCAGUGGGGCUGGCUCGUCUCGCUCUUUAUCCUGCCCGAGAUUCUCGCGCGUCGCCUCGUCGCCGGCUACCAAAAAGAACAGCAGAGCGCUGCCGCUCGCAACCCGUGGUGGCUGCGGCACCUGUGCGCCCUCGGCGGCGUCUUCAACAUCCUCCUCAUGAUGACGGCCAACCUCGUCGGUUUCGCGAUUGGCACCGACGGCAUCGUCUACAUGUGGAACCAGCUGCUGGGUGGCUGGGACGGGCUGGCUUUCAUGGUGGCCGCUUGCGCCACACUCUUUGUUGGUGUGCAGGUCAUGUUUGAGUAUAGGCAGGAAGAGGCCCGGCAUGGCAUCGAUAGAAAAUGCUAG